GAUAUCGCGAGAGAUGUUCCGAAUAAAACAAAAUGUCUGCGCCCAUGAACACAAACGCUUUAUAAACUUUAUUGGUUUUAAUCUAUUCGAUACAGCUUUCAGAUCAUGAACCAACACAAGAAAAGAAAGUUUCAAGGAACAAGUCAUUCUGUUCCAGAUCACAAGAAGACAAAGCUAGAUUCAAUAAAAAAUGAAAAUUUAAAAGCAAACAAAAAGAUACAACAUAAAGGAACUACAGAUUCUAUAAAACCACAGAAGGAAGGAAAGACUAAUAAAACAGUUAUAAGUGUUCAGACUUCAGAUAAACAGCCUAGUCUAAAAAAGAAAAAGAAACAAUGGCAAUCUGUGAAAGAAAAAAGAAAGAGACUUAAGAAAAAAUAUUUAAAUAUUGACAAAAGUAAUUUAACUGAAACAGAUAAAAUUACACAAGCUAUUCUUCCUGAAAAUAAAGUAAAAUUACCACAAACAUCUAGUGAAUAUUCAUCAAAUUGGAAAAACCUUAUGAAGACAUUUAACAUUCCACAGACAAAGAAAAAAAAGAAGAAGAAACAUGAUGAAAAACAAUUACCCAGUGGACAAACAAAGAAUGACGAGGAAAAGGAACCAGAAAUUUGGUUUGAUGAUGUAGAUGACAUUCUGCUGGACAGGAAACCAGAAUCUUCACUAAAACAGUCUGAUAACCUUGUCAAGCAGCAAUCAUUUACAGGGUUGACAAAAGAUAUUGCCAUUGAUUGUGAAAUGGUAGGGGUUGGAUGGGAUGGGCGAGACAAUCAGUUAGCUAGAGUGUCCAUUGUUAACCAUUUUGGUAACUGUGUUUAUGACAAGUUUGUGAAACCCAAAGAAAAGGUUACAGAUUACAGAACUCAUGUUAGUGGUAUCAGACCAGAAGAUAUUGAAAAUGCUAAUGAUUUUGAAAAAGUACAAAAAGAAGUAUGUGAAAUACUGAAAGAUAGAUUACUUAUUGGUCAUGCUAUCCAGAAUGACUUGAAGGUGUUGUAUGUUAGUCAUCCUAAGAAUAUGAUAAGGGAUUCAUCUAAAUACAAACCAUUCAGGCAGCUGUUUGAUGGAAGAAAUCCUUCAUUGAAAAAACUCACAGCAAAAGUCUUAGGUGUCGCUGUACAGGAAGGGGAACAUAACAGUGUACAAGAUGCCCAAGCUGCUAUGAGACUUUAUACCAUGAAUAAAAAAAAAUGGGAGAAAGACUUCAAAGACAAACAUAGACAAAUAAAGAAAGGGCCUAAGAAAAAGAAAAAACUUACAGUUGAAUAAAGGAAAAAUGCUCAAUA